CCGUGUGUCGCGCGUUCUGGUGUGCCUGGGGCUUGUGCAGGGUCGCUGGGCCGGUAGCGGAGAUGUCUAGCCGGUCCAAACGGGAGUCUCGUGGUUCCACCCGCGGAAAGCGUGAGUCCGAGUCCCGGAGCAGCUCAGGUCGCGUUAAGCGGGAGCGAGAUCGAGAGCGGGAGCCCGAGACGACGAGCUCUCGGAGCAGCCCUGUGCGCGUGAAGAGGGAGGUAGAGCCGGCGAGCGCGCGCGAGGCCCCGGCUCCUGUGUUUCCAGCGGUGCGGGUGAAGCGGGAGCGUGAGGCCGACGAGGACUCGGAGCCAGAGCGGGAGGUGCGAGCUUUUCGCUACUUCCUUGCUGGGGCGGCGGUGGGGGUGGGGGUGGGACCUAGACUCGGCGGCAUACAAUAUUCCUAA